AUGGGUGAAACUCUCAGAAAUUUGAAAUUUCCGGAUCAACAACACCAACAAGAUCAUGUGUUUGAUGAUGAACAAAAUCAGCAACACCAGACUAAACACGAGCAUCAUCAGCAGCUUGAACAACCUAUAUUUCCUAUAGGUCCUUACGGUCUUUCUGUCCUUAAGGAUUAUAAGCAUCAUAUUGCAGUGAAAGUGUGGAAUGGACAAGAUAGACGUGCCUUAAAAGUUGUUUCAAAUGGAAAAAAGCAAGACAAAUUCAUUGAUAUCAGAUAUGUAUUACUUGCUCAGAUAUAUCAUUGGCUUACUAUAUCUGAAUUACGUCAUCUGCAACGAUGUAGUUUGCACAUAAUUGACGAGAUUAGCUCAUUUCACCUGCCAUUUGGUGAAAUAACUAUUACUCUUGACGAUGUAAGGGGUCUUUUGAGCAUCUCAUGUUAUGGAGAGUUUUUCACACCUCCCGCUAAUGUCAAUGAAGAUUUGGCAAUUGCUGCUGCUAUUGAGUUAUUGGAAUUUGAUCAUGAAGUUGUGAUUGAAACUUGGACCAAUAGAGGUGCCUUAUAUAGUUUUGAGUGGUUGAAAUAUGUAUUUUUUAAGCAACUUCGUGAAGGACGAUACGACUGUGCAGCGAGGACAUACCUACUUCAUUUGAUAGGGUGUACCAUUCUAGCUGAUAAAAUUUUUACCCUUGUAUCUGCAAAAUAUUUAUUUCUUUUUCAAGACCUUGAUACUUGUGGUAAAUGGGCAUGA